ACACGAUCUAUUUACAAAACAUUAACCGUCGUUACCAAACAAUAUUUGCGGACCCAAACCCAAACCCAAACAAAAAUUUUUUUUCAUUCGCUCGUUUAUAUAGCUCCUCCAGUUUUUUUCACCUGCCCGCCUCUGUUCCCCAGGCGCCGAUGUCCUCCGCUGCCAUCGGCUAGAACUCAACCUUAUGUCACCAGUCAUCAUUCGCAUUUACCUUUACCUCCUCCUUCGUCUUCUUCACAGUUAAUAGGUUCCCAUAAGGAGCCAUCGCCAUGUCGAGACAUUUGAAUGGGAAAAGUUCCUCAAGUCAGGAAGGGCCAAAGGCAAUAGUCGCAAAGCCUGAAAUGUUGGAUUUUGAUUUCCCUGAGGAUGCACUCUACUCUCGACAUGUUGGGGAAAAUGUUGCAAGUUCAUCCGGAAGCAAUGUAAGAUCAUUUUUCGUUGGGAUGGGAUUUUUACCGUCUCUCGUUGAGAAAGUAAUUCAAGAAAAGGGUGAAGAUAAUGCUGACUUGUUACUGGAGACUCUUAUUGAAUAUUCUGAUGUUCAAAAGGCGAAAUCUCAGUCAUCAGAUUAUCUCAAUAGCUUGUUUGGUGGCAAGGAUACAGGCAGUUUUCCAGAAAUCUCCACUUAUAUUCAACCAAAGGAGGAGCCUGAUGCAUUUGACGAAGAUCUUGUUGACAAAAGAGCAUCUUUACUGAUGAUGCAUUUUUCUGUAGAUGAGGUUGAGUUUGCAUUGGAGAAACUUGGUGAAGAUGCUCCACUAAAUGAAUUAGUUGACUUCAUUUCCGCUGCUCAAAUAGCAGAAAAACUUGAGGAGGAAUCGAAAGAUUCACUCAGCAGUGAGGAAGAAAAGGAUCAGAAUGUUACUAAUGAAACUCUGUUUGGAACUAUGGAGAAGACACUUCGCUUGCUUGAGAUGGGUUUCUCAGAGAAUGAGGUUUCAAUAGCAAUUGAGAAGUUCGGUUCAGAAGUUCCAAUUGCAGAGCUUGCAGAUGCAAUGUUCACUGGUCAUCUUUCUGGUAACUUCACUGAGAGUAAAAAGUUCACAUCAGCAGGUUCAGGCCAAGGGUCGAUACAUAACUCGUAUGAUACAGUAGAUAUUAAAACUGAGGAUUGCAGUUCCACUGCUGUUCCUCAGUCAAGAAAUAUUAACCUUGGGGAAUCUUGCAAAGGCAAAAGACCAAAAGAAGAGAGUUUUGAUGACUUCCCAGUUUCUAUUCCUCAGGUCAAGCAAUCUUUUCAUGAGAAAAAACACAAAGGGAAAAGGCCAAAGCAAGACUAUGUAGAUAAUACAAGUUCUUUCCUUGAUCCAGCGUGGCUUGAAGAGAAAGUAGACCCUAAUAUCACCAGUUUUGAAAUGCCCAGAGCUUUCAAAUCCAAUUCAUGCAAGAGUGUGGACAAGAUGGUAGCCAAACCUCCAUACUUUUUUUAUGGAAAUGUUGUCAAUUUGUCUUAUGAUGAUUGGGCCAAGAUUUCACAGUUCUUGUACGGGAUUGAGCCUGAAUUUGUGAGCACUCAGCUCUUCUCAGCCUUUAAUAGAAAAGAAGGCUAUGUGCACAAUCUUCCAGCUGGAAACAGGUUUCACAUCCUUCCGAAGUCACCAUUGACCAUACAGGAUGCAAUACCGCAUACAAAGAAGUGGUGGCCAUCUUGGGAUACAAGGAAGCAGUUGAGUUGCACGGGAUCUGAAGUUCUGGGAGCAUCAAAGCUUUGUGAUAGGCUUGGGAAGACAUUAGCUGAUUCUCGAGGAAUACUCUCAUCAGAUCAGCAGAAAUAUAUUCUUCGUCAAUGCCAAAUCUCAAAUCUCAUAUGGAUUGGCCCAUACAAUCUUAGUCUUGCGCAGCCUGAACAUUGGGAGCACAUUCUAGGCUACCCAUCGAAUCACUCUCAAGCUUUGGAGAAUGACUUGACUCAAAGGCUACAAUUACUCCAGCAAUCUUUCCAAACCGACACUUUGGGUUAUCAUCUCUCUGUUUUGAAGUCAAUAUAUCCUGGAGGGUUAACAAUGUUAUCUGUUUUUAGUGGCAUCGGUGGCGCUGUGGUUGCUUUACAUCGGCUCGGCAUCCAGUUGAAGGGUGUUGUCUCUGUAGAGACUUCUGAAGCUAAGCAAAGGAUUCUUAGGAAUUGGUGGCAUAGCACCGAACAAACUGGGGAGUUGGUGCUGAUAGAAGAUAUUCAAAAGCUAACUAUUAAAAGACUUGAGGGCCUCAUUGAUAAGUUAGGGGGUAUUGACUUGGUAAUCUGUCAAAACUCUAACAUGAAGGGUCCUGAUGAUGAUACGCUACCAGGUUUUGACUUCACCAUGUUUAAUGAAUUUGUUCGUGUUCUGCAACGUGUAAGAAGUAUGAUGGAGAGGAGGAGCUAACUAUGAUCCCUUGUCCUUGUUAUCCUAUAUGUUGGUUAAUCAUAAGUAUACCCCUUGACCUUGUUAAUCUUUAAUUUUGUUUUGGAAGGAUUAUUACUGUUUAUGCAAUCUCAAUCUCUAUAAAACCUUAAACCCCUACUACAACCCCAAAACGACCACUCAGGUGAACUGGGAGUGUCUCGAACUUGAGUCCUGUAAGAACUGGCUUGUCUUAUCAAGUAAACCAUAUGGUUUCCACCUUCCGCUGGGAGUUGGAAAAGAAAGACAGAAACAGAACGACUAGAUUCCUUAACAACCACAAAUUUCCUCUCAAACUGAUGUGGAAUGCACAUCUAAAAUUACUUGGAGGGUUCAACUUUAAUCGGGUCCUAAAUUUCAUUCAACAAAAUUUACUUUUUCUACUGUAAUCAGUGUUGCCUCUAAAUAAGCUGGACAAAAAACGAAAUCAACUGCAGCAAAAGGUAGAAUAGCCUAUCUUUUUGCUAGUUAGUUGAGGUAAAUGUCGAUGCUGACAAGAUAA